AUGAGGUGGUUGUCCAACAUUUUGUUACUAUGGGUUGCCGCGCCGACUUUACUAUCAGUGGUUAUCUUUUACCAAUUAGAGUCGUUCGAACCGGCUCAACUCCCAAUCCACGAUUCUCUUAUUGCGCCGACAGCCCCAAACCUUAACCUUAAACUUAACAUUCUUCGAGGUGUCGAAAAGGUAGGGACUGGAAAGAUUAUGGGGCCGGAAGAUGUAGCCUACGAUGCGGAAUCGAAACUCAUUUACACCGGCUGUGCCGACGGUUGGAUCAAGCGAGUCCGGGUUGAUGAUUUAUCAGUCGAGGAUUGGGUCAACUCAGGCGGUCGGCCACUCGGACUCGUGCUUGGACCAGAUAAGCGACUUAUCGUUGCCGAUGCCAACAAGGGUCUAUUGAGAGUGAAUGAAAAUGUGGAGGUGGAGGUUUUAACCGACGAAGCCGAAGGAGUGAAAUUUGGGCUGACGAACGGCGUUGAUGCGAGUGAUGAUAAAUUAGGUUUAGGGUUAGGCGGCACAAUUUACUUCACGGAUGCAUCAUACAAAUACAGGCUAAAAGACUUCAUUUGGGACAUGUUAGAGGGCAGACCUUAUGGAAGGCUUCUUAGCUAUGAUCCAUCCACAAACCAAACCAAAAUUCUCCUAUCAGAUCUCUACUUUCCCAACGGAGUCGCACUCUCCCAAGAUCAAACCUUUCUAGUUUUCUGCGAAACCCCAUUGAGAAGGUGCAUGAAGUACAUGAUAGAGGGCGAGGGAAAAGGGACGGUUGAGAAGUUCAUCGAUGUAGAUGGUUUUCCCGAUAAUAUUCAAUACGACCGAAUCGAAGGCGUAUAUUGGAUUGGACUAGCUAGUGUAAGUAAUUUUAAUAAAAAAAAAUUAAGAUUCUAAUUAGUGAAUAAUAUUUUGUUUGUGGGCAUGCAUGCAGGAAGUUACAUUUAGUUGGGAUAUAGCUCAAAGGUACCCUUUUAUUAGAAAGGUGUUGGGUAUAUUACACAAGUACAAUAUUAGACUAGUACCAAAUAUGAAGAAAAAUGGGGGGCUUUUGGCGGUUGAUAAAGAUGGGAAGCUUGUGGCUCACUAUUCAGAAGUGGGUUUUUCUUCUGUUUCUACUGGUUUAAAGAUCGGGGACCAUCUCUAUUUUGGGUCUUUAAUUAAGGACUAUUUGCUACGCUUCAAUCUCACUCACUAUCAUGAUG